AUGCGCAGGGAAAACAGAUCAGAGCAACGGCAGGCGGGUGGGAAGAGGAAGCAGCCAAAGGGGGACAACGCCAGGGAAGCCGAGCGAGCGGUCCCGGGGCGCAGCCUUGUAGCGGGUAAGCAAGCCCAGGCCGGCGGGUGUCUCCCCAUCUUCUUCAGCUUCCAAAAAACGAAGUGUCAGACGGCGGGUCGUUCUGGCUGCCUGAAGAUCUUCUCCCUGGCCUGAUGGAAAAGGCAAAAAUACUCUCCGGCCUCUUUCCGUAUUAGUGCGCCACUGUGUCCGCCAGAUCGCUUAAUCAACCUAUUUUCUUGCCUAAGAACCAGCAGCCCUCUUAUGCCAUAGGCUCAACCCUUACACCAAAACUAGGAUAGGAGAAGGGUCGCGUCUUUUGCUGGCGGGGGGUGACCGACUUAAGGGGCUGGUGAUUUCAAGGCUGGAUUACUGCAAUGCUCUUUUUGUGGGGCUUCUCUUGCAACUUGAUCUGGAAGCUGCAGAAUUCUCCAGGAGUGAGGCCCUGUUAGCAUAUAGCACUCCUGCUCAGAGAUCUGCACCGGCUGCCCGUUUGGGGUGACACCGCGCCCCCCCCCCCCGCCAGCAUAUAACACCUUGCUGGCGGGGGUUGUACUGCUUGCCGAUCUGCUACCCAGGUUCAAGAUUAUACCAGCUCAUACCAUUCAGGUCCAGGUUACCUGGGAGAUAACACCAUGGCUGUGGUCCUCAGCUUGAGGCCAGGCUCAUUCCAUUUUGGUGGUUUAUGUGUGUGUGGACUUAAAUUAUAUACAGCCAAGUUCCUUGUGUUUAAUCACAGCCUCUGAGUAAUGUUGUUUUUCUCUCUCCUUCCAUCUCUCCCCUUUCCUUAUGUUUCCACAGCAUCCCUCAAGAAGCCCUGUUUCCCUGCACCCAACAUGGCUCUAAAGACCCCCCAGGGCUCUGCGCUGAGCUCCCCAGAGCAAGGGGAUGUCUCCGUGGUCCUUGUGGGAAAAUCCGGCGUAGGAAAAUCGGCCCUCCUCAAUGCCUUGCGUGGGGUGACCGAAAACGAUGUCGGAUGUGCCCCGCUGGAGGCCCCGCCUAAAUCCGGGGGGCCUGUCAUGUACCCCGACCCAUCCCACCCCAAUUUACUGAUAUGGGAACUAGCUCUGGAUUGUGAGGGGCAGGCCGACCGGUGGCUGAAGGAGGCUGACGUUUUUGUCGUGGCGACAGAUGGCAAGUUUGACGAGACACAUGCCCACCUGGCGGGGGAGGCCCGGGCGGCUGGCAAGAAGGUCUAUUUUGCCCGCACCAAGGCUGAUUUGGAUCUUCAUACCCUCAAGCGGUUGAUGGGAGAGCGCUACAACCGACCCGAGGCCCUGCAGGCCCUGCGGGGUGUCUGUGCUGAGUCGCUGGGGGCCCACGGUCUCGGGGAGCCCUUUGUCUUCCUGAUCUCUGCUUUUGAACCCUACGCUCUGGACUGCCCCCAGCUGCGAAAAGUGUUGCUGGAGGACGUCCACACAUAUGAGAGGUAAGUCAGGCAAACCAGCUUAAGUGAACCGUAGGAACAUAGAAUCAUUAUCAAUAAAUGAACAUGACUAAGAUUCAUGACGAUGAUAAUAAUAUUGCGGAGCUAGAAAAGGGUUGCCGAAGCGAUCAAGGGGACGAAGCCACUCCCCUAUGAGGGUCAGGGCUUUUCAGUUUAGAAAAAAAGGUGAUUAAAAGGAGAGGACAUGAUAGAGGUGAGUAAAAUUAAGUGUGACACAGAUAAAGUGGAUAGUCAUAAUACAGUCGUAUCUUGGUUAUCAAACGCCUUGGUACUCGGACGUUUUGGCUCCCGAAUGCCGCAAGUGUUCCAUUUUGCGAGCGUUUUUUGGAAGCCGAACGUCCGUUUCGACUUUUGGCAUUGUUUCCGGGGCCAAUCAGCCAAUCGGAUCCAGCAAGGCUCUUAGGUUCUUAAGUUUAAUGGAAGAAGACCUACAGAGACUUCGUGAACAGAGUUUUGAGGCCAGGUGCCUGCGGGCAUGGGCACGUCGCCCAUAAGGACAAGGGCCUCUGGCUGAUGUUCUUGUAGUGUGACAGGCAAUGUAAAUUACAGCCACAGGCCGAUAUUUAUAUCCUGGCGGCCUUUGCUUGAGUGUCAUCAGGACUUUUGCUCGGAGCAAAGCAACCAGAGAAGUGGCCUUGUUGGUCUCUGUUUGUGCCUCCCCUGUGGAGAAAACAGUGUUUGUUUACAAGCAACAACCCCCACCCCCAAGAUGCUCCUGUUACCCAGAGUUGUAAUCGAACGAAGCUGUGCAAAUCCGGUGUAGUGUAGUGUUAACUUUCUCGGAAUUAGAAAGGCGUCCACUGGUCCAAAAAGGGUGACAACUUUUUACAAGUCCACCACAUGUGAAAUAACAUUCCCUCUACCUUUUUGGACCUGUAAAAUGGUAAAAGAGUAUUGGGAAAGGAUCCAUAAUGAAUUUAAAAAAAUGUUUCAAAGUAUUUCCCCCCCCAACCCCCCCCCCCAAUUAUCCUGUCGGGGAUAAUUCAGACUGAAAUUCCCAGAUUUAUUAAGGUUAUUUAUGGAUGCAACAACUGCGGCCCAUGUUUUGUUAGCUCCCAAGUGGAAAAUGAGUGAGGUCCCAGCCAAAGAAGAAUGGCAACUUAAGUUGGCAGAAUAUGCACAACUUGUGUAGCUGAAAAUGCUGACAGCAUUAAGAUAAAUUCAACAGUGUAAAUAAGUUUCAAUGGAUGCAAUAAUGGAAUACUGAAUGGUAUAGUUUUUGUAAAAUAUGCAGGGAUUUAUGAUAUGUAAAAUGAACCAGGGAAGAAGGGAAGUCAUUGAUAUCUUAAGGAUGUAAAAAUGAGUGUUUAAAAUUGUAAAAUGGAAAAUUUAACAAAAAUUAUAUACCCAAAACAAAAAGGGUGGCAACCUCUAAUGAGCUUAGUUGCUGUGGAAUUCCUGCUGACCAAUGGGAAAUGGAAUGGAACACUCCACAAUACAACAUUAAUUUCAUAUGAUAUUAAUUCUAGUCAUUGGAUACUGAUGAUGUUAAUAUAAUAGGAGAUCAAUUACAGUUAACAAUAUUAAUCCCAGUUCUUCCUCCCUAUCCCUUGCCGUGUCCUGUUUACCCCCACAGGGUCCUAAAGCCCACUCGCUUGGACUACGAGGUGAUCAGCGAGCAGGAGAUUGCAGAGAUCCAGGAGGCCUAUGAGCUGGGAGGCCUCUCGGAAGUGGUGACCCGCAUUCAGUGCAGCCUGGAGACCCUCUGGAAUGCCCAACUUGACAUUGGCGUCACGGGGGAGUCGGGUGCUGGGAAAUCCACCUUUGUCAACGCCUUGAGGGGUGUGGGCGAUGAGGAGGAGGGAGCCGCGGAGACGGGCGUGACGGAGACCACAGCCCAGCCUACGCCAUAUCCUUACCCCGGCCACCCCAACGUCAUCCUGUGGGAUCUCCCUGGCAUUGGCACGCCCAACUUCCAGGCUGAAAGCUACCUAGAAGCGGUGGAGUUUUCUCGCUACGACUUCUUCAUCAUCCUGGCCUCGGAGAGGUUUAAGGAGAACCACGUCCAUUUGGCCAAGGCCAUUGUCAAAGAAGGCAAGCGGUUCUAUUUUGUGCGCACCAAGCUGGACAACGACCUGGAGUCCAUGAAGAGGCGGAAGAACCCUCCAACUGAAGAGGAAGUCCUGGAGGAGAUACGGACUGACUGCCGGGAGAAGCUCGCCAAGGCCGGGCUGGCAGACACCAAGGUUUUCUUGCUCAGCAGCUUCGAGAUUGACAAGUUUGACUUCCAAGUCUUCGAGGAAACCCUGGAGCAAGAACUUCCGAGCCACAAGCGCCACGCCUUCCUGCUGUCGCUGCCCAAUGUCUCCUCGGUCAUCAUUGAUAAGAAGAGGCAGCUCCUUCACCAGGAGGUUUGGAAGGUAGCUCUGAUCUCCAGCUUGGUGGCCGCCGUCCCUUUGCCAGGCCUGGCCUUCACCUGUGAUGUCUCCAUUUUGCUGAGGAAGCUGUCCACCUACCGCCAGGACUUUGGCCUCGACGCAGCAUCCUUGACCCGUCUGGCUGAGCGGUCGGGGAAACCGCUGGAGGUCCUGAGGGCCGAAGUCCACAGCACUCUAGGCCGGAGCAUCAACAGGGAUGUGGUCAUUGGGCUCCUGGGGAAGGCCACCGGGACAGGCUUGGUGGUGGCCAAUUUCUUCAUCCACCGGAUCCCGAUUUACGGAGCCCUGGCUUCCGGCGGGAUUUCCUUCCACACCACUUACUACAUGUUGAGCCAGUGCUUGGAAGAGCUGGCCAAUGACUCCCAAAGGGUCCUCAUGAAGGCCUUUGAAAGCGAAGUCUGA